CGCGUCAGGGUUCCGUCCCUUCCUUUCGCACCUGGCCAGAGCGCUUUCAGCGGUCCUGGCAUGUGUGUGCUGUACGGUGAUGUGACGUUUUCGGCUUAAUUUAUAAAGUGUCGCACGUGGUUUUAGUACAAGGAGAUUAAGGAAACUGUUAUCGAACAUCGGGAUUAAAAAGAAGUUUCGGACAUUUUAUUGACAAAACGAAAAGUACUGAGGAGUUAUUUACUGUGUUUCGUGUGAAAUGGUUCACUGACACUGUGACUGAAAGCUCACUUUGGUGAAUUCUUUUUAGCCGACUGUUUCUGUGAGUUGUGCCUGACGGAGCGGCCGAACGGCGAUGGCUCUGUCACAGAUCCAGUGUCUGGAAGACAACCAUGUGAACUGGCGCACGAACGAGUCCAAGCCCGAGUUCUUCUACAGCGAGGAGCAGCGGCUCGCGCUCGAGGCGCUCUUCAGGGACGGCCGCGGCGCCUUCCAUGACUACGUGAAGGAGCACAAAGUGCGGCAGUUCCUCUCCGAGCUCGAGCUCGAGCGGCUGUCGCGCGGCGUCCACGCGUACCAGCCGGGCGGCGAGCGCGCGGAGGGCGCGAAAGGCUCGAAGGGCGCGGAGGGGGAGGACGGCGCCGAGUCCCUGCAGUACUGGCCCGAGCGCUCGGACACGUCGGUGCCCGACCUGGAGAUAGGCUGGCCGGACUGCACCUCGUACCGGGGCGUGACUCGUGUCAACGUGUACACGCAGCCGCCCCUGGACGGAUCGACGCACAUCAAAGAGGUGGUGAGGAAGACGAUCGCGCAGGCGCAGAAGGUGAUCGCAGUAGCUAUGGACCUGUUUACAGACGUAGACAUCUUCAAAGAUCUGCUGGAUGCCAGUUUCAAGCGGAAGGUGGCUGUGUACAUGGUGCUGGACACCUCAGGACUGUCCCACUUUAUGGACAUGUGUCAGAGAGCUGGAAUGCACAGAGGACACCUGAAGAACCUGCGAGUCCGAACUAUAGCAGGAAGCGAGUUCUACACACGCUCGUCGACAAAGGUGUGCGGCUUAAUGAGUCAGAAGUUCAUGUUCGUGGAUGGAGACAGAGCCGUGUCUGGUUCAUACAGUUUCACAUGGACAGCUUCCAGGCUGGACAGAAACCUCAUCACGGUGCUCACGGGCCAGGCUGUGGACACUUUUGACAAGCUCUUCCGGGAUCUCUACGCAACCUCCACGGGUGUGAACCUCAGCAAGCUCAGUUUGCAAGAUGAGCCAGAGCCUGAGCCUCUUCCCCAGUUAGCCCCCGCACCGCUGCCCUCUGCCGCCGUGGCCCGCAAGCUCAUCAACCCCAAAUAUGCACUGGUCGCCAGCAGUGCUGUGGAGACUGGCAGCGGAGCGUCCUCCGGCAAGAACAGUGCCAAGAACAGCACUUCCAAUAACCCCAUGGUAAAAGCUGUCCAAAAGCCGAAAGAGCAAGUUGAGCCUCCGCCAAUUCACCCGGGGCUCCUUAACCUGGAGCGUGCGAACUUGAUCCACUAUCUCCCCACCUGGCCCGAACCUGACCCCCCGAGCAACGUCAUUGGCUUCAUCAAUAUCCGAGAUACUAACAAGCCUAAGCAGGUCCACCUAAUGCGCUCUGAGCUGUUCGAGACCUCGCAAGCCAUCCGAUUUAAGGAUCCGUUUGUCACUCCAGAGGAACCCCUCCCCGAGAAAGCCUGCCCCAGAGAGAAAGCAGGGAACAGACCCACCAAUGUCCUUGUAGACCAGCCACAGGAACCACCGCAGCCCCGAAUCCAAAGCGCUCCGGAGUCGAGAGAGAACACAAAGCCAAAUACAGAGGAGCCAGCUUUGGACCAGACACAGACCUCAGAAAACACCGCGAGGUUAGAGGAGACUGUGCCAGCGCCAGUCCCAAAACGCAGAACCAUCCAACUGGUGAUCACUGAUGAUGGCACCAAGGAGAUCCCCAAUGUUAGCAUGGUCAAGAUGACGGACUCGGAACCUAAGGCGCUUCCAUUGCCACACGGUCCUGAUAAGACUGAGAGCUCCAAAAACAUCCCAGGUCCACCUGAACCCUCAUCCACCUCGGUGACAGAGCCAGUUAGAACACCUUCAGAGGGUGGAGGGGGCACAGAUAAAGAGGGUGAAAAGGAUGAGCAGAAAGGCGUCAGGAUAAUCGAAGAUAAUGACGGGACCGAUGGCAAAGGCUUGUCGUCCUCGGAUUUGCCAAGGAAAGCAUCGUUCGCCUCUACGGUGUCAGACGAGUGUUUCGAAAGCGUUUACUCUGACAAUAUGGAAUCGAGCAUUCAGCUCAUGGUGAAUGGAGUCCACACCGGGUCGGGACGUGUGGAGGACCACAGGCAUGUGGAUGGGCUCAAUGUCAUGGCUAGGUUUUCACAGUCGAUGCUGGACCUGCGGCCCGAGAGUCAGCAGCAGCUGGAGGAGAAGGAAGCGGAGAACCCGCAAGCGUUGGGAGACAUCCACGCAGCCUUGGAGCACAACCAGAGGCAGCUGCACAAAGCCGGUGAAAGAAAGCCAUUCAUGACCUCAUCUAGACCCCCGGGCAACAUCACGAGCAUGGACCGGCAGGGCCAGCCACGAGGGAACACUAAAGUGGUGAUUGCUAAACCUGGCAGCUACCAUCGUCCCGCUAAAGCUGCAGGGCCCGUGAUUGGGGGGCACAAGUACUGGCAAGGCAAGCUUUUCAACCAGGACAAAGCGAUCGGCGGCUACAUCACCAGCAACAAACUGGUUCCGGGGCUGCUGGGAAAUUCUCGGACUGGUCGUACACCCUACCGCUACAGGCAGGAUCUGGAUGGGCAGAUGGGCAAAUCCAGAACUGGAAAUACCCUUGGCCAGUCCAGCUCACUGCACAGGAUACCCCCCACCCUUGGCGAGAACUGCACCCCUUGUGGAAUCUCAAUAUCGAAGCUCUCGCAGUUCAAACACCUGAAGGGGAAGGUUUCGGGGAACGCUCUGGGCAGCUUGCAGAAAAAGACGCAGCUUGGACACAAAGGAGCUAUUUGAGUUGCUGGAAGGCCUCUUGACGCACACUACCACACCACAGAAACAUUGUGCUCUUGAGGGGUGUGACCGAGUUUGGUGCUCUAUCUCGUAGUGUAAUGGGUUGUCUACUCUUUGGGUGUUAAAUGUUGUUUAAACCUUAAGAUUUAAGGUGUUAAAUUUCCCUCUUUUCAGAGGGCUGUGUCUUCAGGCCACCAUUUCUCAUUGCUGUGACACGUGAUGUAGUGGGGAAUCUAGAGGAAUAUAAACUAUACACUGUUUGGCUUUGGAAAGACUGUGUAACUUUUCAGAAAAACUUUUUCCCUGCUUUCUGACCCAUACUCCCCUAGA